UAACCUAAUAUUAUAUAUUCAUAACUUGCUGACCAUAAACCUUUAUACACUUUCAUAGCCACUUGAAAUCUCAACUCAAUCCUCAUUUCUCUGCACUUUCCGCCAUGAAAACGCCAACCGUUAACUCGGUCACUCAUCCUUCUUCAACUCACUUCCUCCUUUUUGUAUUCUCCAUUCUCUUCGCAUAUGCAUGUCAAAGAACUGAAGCCACUGCACAGGAGCUCCUCAAGGGAUUCAAAGCAACGCCAAACGCUUCAGUCUCGUCAUUUCAAGCCCUUCUCAGCGAUUCAACUGACACUUUCUCACUCGGUUUCCUCCGAGUCAACUCAAAAGAACUUGCUCUCGCUGUCCUCCACGUGCCCUCUUCGGAACAACUCUGGCUCGCCAACCCAACUCAGUUGGCGCCAUGGUCAGACCGUACUCAACUUUUCUUCAAUGGCAGUCUUGUAUUAUCCGGUCCACGUGAGAGGUUAUUUUGGUCAACUGAAACUCAAGGUGACAGAGUUGUACUUCUCAAUUCCUCGAAUUUACAAGUACAAAAACUUGACGAAUAUGUCUCCAUUCUCUGGCAAAGUUUUUACUUUCCCACAAACACCCUUUUAGAAAACCAAAAUUUCACGAGCAACAUGUCGCUUGUUUCUUCAAAUGGACUCUAUUCUAUGCGAUUAGGCAGCAACUUCAUCGGUUUAUACGCGAAGUUUAACGAGAAAUCGGAUUCAGGGCAGAUAUAUUUAAGACACAAAGCACUUGAAGCGAAGGCAAAUAUAAUCGAAGGACAAGGAGCGAUUUACGCCCGAAUAAACUCGGACAGGUUUCUGGGUAUGUAUCAAGUUGGUACGAUUCCUCCUGUAGACAUGCUACCGUUCAACAGUUUUCAGAGAAACAUUACUGGAUUCGUUUUCCUCCGGUUAGAAUCGGACGGGAAUCUUAAAGGUUAUUACCGGGAUGGGUCGAAAUGGAUAUUGGAUUACCAAGCCAUUUCUGACACGUGUGAGUUGCCUAAUCCCUGCGGUUCGUACGGUUUGUGUAGAGCCGGGUCCGGUUGCUCUUGUAUUGAUAACCGGACGGAUUAUUCCUCCGGUUCGUGCUUUGAAUCAACAAGUUCGGGUGAUUUUUGCAGUGAGGGUGAAGACGAUUACUGGGUUUUGAGGAGAAAAGGUGUGGAAUUACCGUUUAAGGAGCUGAUGAGAUAUGAAAUGACGUCGUAUUUGGAGCAAUGUGAGGACAUAUGUGAGAAGAAUUGUAGUUGUUGGGGUGCGGUAUUCAAUAACGGAUCCGGGUUUUGUUACAUUUUGGAUUAUCCGAUCCAGACCCUGUUGGGCGUGGGUGAUGAGAGUAAGAUGGGUUAUUUUAAGGUGAGGGAGGGUGCAGGGAAGAAGAAAAUGGAUGUGGGCUUUGGUGUUGGGAUCGGGGUGUUAUGUGGGGCCAUAGUUGUUUUGAUUGGGGCGAUUUCAUUUGGAAGUUGCAAGAUUUGGAUGAGGAGAAGAGGUGUUAAACAGAUAUUGGAGGAUGAGGAUGGGAUCUCGCCCGGCCCGUACAAGGAUCUCGCAUCGGCUAGUUUUCGGUCCAUUGAGAUGUGUAACGCUCGAAGAUAGAUUUUGAUUGGAUUAUAUAAUAGUGUAAAUUUUUUCUUGCCUCAUUUACAUUGGAUUGAAACAUAGAGCGAUUUUGAAUGGUUU